AUGCAGUACUCUUCAGUGGCGCUGGGUCCAGAUGCCCCGGUGAAUAAUGGAUCUGGAAUUCCCUGUAACCCCAAGGAAGACACGAAGGUUUCAGCUGUGACAGCAAGUGAAGUCCACAGGGCCUGUACAGCAAAGUGUUUCCAUAGCCGUUAUUUAACUAAAACUAGUACACAGGGAAAUGUCUACAACUUCCUGGAGAGGCCCAGUGGAUGGAAGUGUUUUAUCUAUCAUUUUACUGUAUUUCUCUUGGUGUUGAUUUGUUUAAUAUUCAGUGUACUGUCUACUAUAGAACAUUAUUCUGAAUUUGCCACUGGAACCCUUUUCUGGAUGGAAAUAGUUCUGGUUGUGUUUUUUGGUGCUGAAUAUGUGGUCCGAUUGUGGUCUGCAGGCUGCAGGAGUAAAUAUGUUGGCUUCCAGGGAAGAAUACGUUUUGCCAGAAAGCCAAUAUCGAUUAUCGAUCUAAUUGUGGUAAUAGCCUCGAUUAUUGUUCUGAACAUAGGAUCUAAUGGGCAGGUGUUUGCCACCUCAGCAAUAAGGGGAAUCCGGUUUCUCCAGAUACUUCGCAUGCUUCAUGUAGAUCGGCAGGGAGGCACCUGGAGACUACUAGGAUCAGUUGUUUUCAUACAUCGUCAGGAACUUAUAACUACGUUGUACAUUGGAUUCUUGGGAUUAAUCUUUUCAUCCUAUUUUGUUUAUCUUGCUGAGAAGGAUGCAGUUGAUGAGAAUGGAAAGACAGGUUUCUCCACCUAUGCUGAUGCCCUUUGGUGGGGUGUGGUGACAGUCACGACAAUUGGUUAUGGAGACAAAGUUCCCCAGACAUGGAUUGGGAAGACAGUUGCUUCCUGUUUCUCAGUAUUUGCUAUAUCUUUCUUUGCUCUACCAGCGGGUAUUCUAGGGUCUGGUUUUGCCCUGAAAGUACAGCAGAAGCAACGUCAGAAGCAUUUCAACAGACAAAUCCCAGCAGCAGCUUCUCUAAUUCAGACACUGUGGCGGUGCUAUGCGGCAGAGAAAUCUUACAGUUCUACAGCAACAUGGAAAAUCUAUGUUACAUCACCUGCACAAAACCCCAAAAAACCACCAGCGCCAUCUAGCCCUAGUCUGAGAAAACAGGCUAGAAGAUCCAAAAGAAAAGGGAAACCAGGCUCUGGUAAUGGUUCUGCACCUGUGAUAAACCCAGGAGAGAAUGCCUUAUCUAUUCCACAGAUCACUUAUGAUCAUGUUGAUGAACAAGAAAACAAAAAAGAUGUGUCUUUCUACAUCGAUGAACUAGGAGGGAAAAGACGUUUAGAAGGGAACACACAAGAAAUGUCACGAGCCAACAGCUUCACUGAUGACAUUGACCGUAUAACAGAAGAGUCACCACUGCCAGCUGUAUCUGAUGUGGCACAAUUAACUGAAGCACAUCGAACAGCUGUAAAAGUCAUCAGGAGAAUGCAAUAUUUUGUAGCCAGAAGAAAAUUUCAGCAAGCUCGGAAACCAUAUGAUGUGCGCGAUGUGAUUGAACAGUACUCACAAGGACACCUCAAUAUGAUGGUUCGGAUAAAAGAACUUCAAAGAAGAUUGGACCAUUCCCUAGGAAAGCCAGGCCUUUUCCUCCCAGAAAAAGGGAUAGACAAAGGAUACUAUACUGUAGGAGCCAGACUGAUUCGGCUAGAGGAUAAGGUCAUGCAGAUGGACCAGAAGCUAGAUGACAUCCUGACCAUGCUCCAGGCUCACUUUGGGGAUCAGCCUCAGGCACAGAUGUCAGGGCCAGCCACCCCACCUGUCAGACAGCUACAAAUAACCUCGGAUUCCCCACCAAUGAAUUGGAAAAUUUAAAAGCCGGAGCACAGCCACAUGCCCUCUUCUCAUGCUUUUACAUCUGGUCUUGGUGUCUCAGGAUUCAGCUGUGUUGUUGGGGAAAUGAAAUAUUCUGCUGUAGUAGAUUAAAUAAAAACAGAAAGAGAAGCGGCAGCAAAAAGCCAGUCACGGCCCUAGGAGAGCACAUAAGUUUUGCAUCUGUUUUAUUAGCCAUCGUUAACUAACCUAUGUCAGCCUGUGGCAGUCCCUUGCAGCCAGCCCCAUUUAGGCUGACUGCACACGCACAGAGUGCUUGGGUAAGGUAAGCACCUAGGCAAGGGUUAGGAUGACCCAUUCAUGGACGGAGGGGAAAAAGGGCUGGUUUUUUGGCAUUUAAUCACUAAAUUUAAUCCUCACAGCAUGCCUAAAAGGGAAAAAAGAGCCAGCAUUUGAACAUGAAACAAAUGGAAAUCAGUGAACAGGAAAAUUAAACAGCAUGUUUUGACUUCUACCAAGCAGUGAGGAUCAUAAGAAGGGCAGAUUUAUAUGCUAGUGUGAAUGACAAAGUAAAGACAACAGGCUACUGAUUAAAAAUAUGGAAGUGUACACAGGCUGGUUGACAUAUGAAAGACUGAAGCAAAGACUUCAGCUAAUUAAAGCAAAGGGUUUCAAAUAAGAUGAGAUGCAUGUUAGAACAGACAGGCAAGAGAGAUAGUAUCUGCGUAGGCUUACUGCACAAGAACACUCUAAUAGCUAUCAGCUACGCUGACGACUGUUAUGCAAAAUGUUCUCAAGCUUUUACCUUCAUUCAGCAGUGGUUGUUGACUCCAGUUGCCUUAAUUUUAACAUAAGAAACCUGUAUGGUAAUUGGCUGUGAAAUAUCUGUAAAGCUCGGUUCAAGUCACUGAGUAACACAGUGCUGCAGGAGGGCUGCAGCUGUGAUUGAGAAUGGCAGGGUUUCUUAAAGAAAACAAAAAUGCACAUACUGUUGAUGAAAGCUAAU